AAUUUCAUCAAUUUUUUUGGGACAGAAGAAAGAAAAAAAUAAUAAUAACAAGAAAGAAAGAGAAAUGGCUGAAAUUAUUCUACCAUGAAAUCUCUUCUUUCUUCUUUGUUGUAAUUUCUUCUUCCAGAUUCAUUCAUUUCCUAAUUUAUAAAAAAAUUUCGGGAAUACUGAUAAUGCAACAUGUAAAUUUCUCCUGGGAGGCAUUGGAUUAAAUUUUAUUUAUUUAUUUAAAAAAAAAGGAAUAUUUUUAGCUUUGAUUGAACAAAAAUGUCUUGCUGUGGAGGUGGAGAAGAAGACGUUUAUAGCGGCGGUCCUCCGUCCAAUCAGAACACAGCUCCUCCUAGAGCUGGCAAUCCAUAUGGUGGUGGUGCUGGUGGUGCGAGUGAUAGAGGAGAGCCAAGGAGUGCUGCAAGAGGUGGAACUCCUCAGAAAGUGUUACCAAUUGAGGCACCAGUUUUCACCUUAGAUGAACUAAACAGAUUGACAGGAAAUUUUGGUCAGAAAGCUUUGGUUGGAGAGGGAUCUUAUGGCCGCGUUUUUUGCGCGAAAUUAAGCAAUGGACAGCAAGUAGCAAUCAAGAAGUUGGAUACUAGUGCUUCACCAGAACCAGAUUCUGAUUUUGCAGCUCAGUUAUCAAUGGUUUCAAGGCUUAAAAAUGAGCAUUUUAUGACUCUGAUGGGCUAUUGUCUCGAAGGGAACAAUCGUAUAUUGGUAUAUGAGUUCGCGACAAUGGGAUCUUUACACGAUGUUUUACAUGGUAGAAAAGGUGUACAAGGUGCUGAGCCAGGUCCAGUACUUACCUGGAAUCAAAGAGUUAAAAUUGCUUAUGGUGCAGCAAAAGGACUAGAGUAUCUACACGAAAAGAUUCAGCCACCUGUAGUUCAUCGCGAUGUCAGAUCAAGUAAUGCAUUGCUCUUUGAUGAUUUUACAGCCAAAGUUGCUGAUUUCAACAUCUCGAACCAGUCUUCUGACACUGCUGCGCGUCUACAUUCCACUAGAGUUUUGGGAACUUUUGGCUACCAUGCACCAGAGUAUGCAAUGACAGGACAGAUUACUCAGAAAAGUGACGUUUAUAGUUUUGGCGUUGUGCUCUUAGAACUGUUGACAGGAAGGAAGCCAGUAGAUCAUACAAUGCCUAAAGGGCAACAGAGUCUUGUCACUUGGGCAACUCCAAGAUUGAGUGAAGACAAAGUGAAGCAAUGUGUUGAUCCUAAGCUAAAUAAUGACUAUCCUCCAAAAGCAAUUGCUAAGUUGGCAGCUGUUGCUGCACUUUGUGUUCAAUACGAGGCCGAUUUUCGACCUAAUAUGACAAUUGUUGUCAAAGCACUGCAACCACUUCUCAACUCAAAACCAGCAGGACCAGAGUCUCAAGCAUAGUAAAUUUCUGGUUUUGAAACCAGCAGGAGCUGAUAGCCUUAAUGUUACGGCAAAAACUUACUCACACUCAAUGUUUACAUAAUAACAUAUUUCUCAUGGUUAAAUGAUUAAAUGAGGUACUAUACGUGUUGAUUAACCAUGAUUAAGUGAAUGACGCGUAUUUUGAAGACACAUGUUAUGUAUUGCUGUAAACACCGAGUGUAGAUAAGUUUGUCUUUUCCCCUUUCUGAUCCAAUAUGUAUUUUUUUUUCACAAUUAGAAUGCUUGAAAGAACUACGAAAAAAUUCUCAUAGCUAGGUUAGUAGUGACACUGGAUAUCAAUACCA